AUGAAAUACAUCUGCCGCCAGAACAAGCCGCAAGGAAAAAUUGUGCUCUACAAUAGUAGUAUCCUAGUACUUAUCGAUUGGAAUAAUCACGACCGCGCUUACCUGAUAGUCGAAACAAUACCACAGAACGUCGCGUUCAACUACAUUGCCGAAGGUGCACCGCUGCCGCCAUACGUCGUCCAGAUUAACCACCAAAUGCAACUCAGUGAACACGCAAGGGUCUCUAUGAUUGUAGCUGCUGCAGACCUUCGUUUGUAUCUGCCAGAGGAUACUUGGCGUGUGUGGCUGCCGUGCUUACCAGCUAAGGACAUUAUACUCUUUGGUGGCGUUGCCCCAGCUGGGCUGGCCAUAUGA